AUGGACGCCCAGAAGCAGCUCCAAGCCCUUUCGGACGAGUUUCAGCAGCUACAGACUGAGCUCGAGGGCCUCGUUGACGCCCGCCAGAAACUCGAAUCGCAGCAGCAGGAAAACCAAGGCGUGCAAAGCGAAUUUGCCCAGCUGGAGGAUUCUGCCCCUGUCUACAAGCUUGUGGGUCCGGUUCUAUUGAAGCAAGACAAGUCCGAGGCCGUCAUGGCCGUCAACGGUCGAUUGGAGUUCAUUGAGAAGGAAAUCAAGCGAAUUGAAGGCGAGAUCCAGGCUGGCCAGGACAAGAGCGAGAAGAAGCGCGCCGAGAUGAUCCAAUUCCAAACCCAGGCUCAACAGCAAGUAGCAGCGGCUUCCGCCUCGGCAUAA